UUUUUUUUAAUAAUAAUAAUAAUUUAUUUCUCUUUUAUCAUCUGCGGCUGCCGCCGACUUCACAACCGACUUCAUCGGGCAAGACGGCAAGAUUUCUCCCAGGAUUUCCCGUAUAAGAAAAUUGUCCCUUGGGUUAACGAUGACAAAAUCACCCUUAAAGAGUUAAGAAAACAAAGCGAGGAUCUCCAAAUUAAUUUUAAUUUAGCUAUUCAAAACAAUAAAUAAAAAAAAGUAUUAUUUUUAUUUUAUUUCUAUUUUAAAAUUUUUAUUUUGAACUUUAACAUGUAUUAAAAUACAAUAAUCUCGUAUAUAAUAGUUGUUGAAAUACGAAUACUGGAGAACUAGUGAAUUCUUUACAUUGAUGUUCACCGAAUGCACCAUAACACACUGCACUAAGUGACACUUUUAAACCUCACAAAUCACGAACAUUUUCUUUUAAAGGCGUUCCUUCUAUAAAUAGCAUUUAGAACAGGGGAAAAUUCUCUUUAUAUCAGAUCUUCUAUGGGAAAGUUACUGAACAGAACAUAAAUCACUGGGUGUUCUUUUUAAAUCUGAAAGAAAAUCAAUAGUAAAGCUCCAACUUUGGUGCUGGUAAUAGCCGUGUCAUGACUUAUAGUGUCUAAUAUUUAAUUGAUCCACUUGUCGAUGGAAGGAACAGUGCCGAGUUGUUUGAAUAUUUAGAAAGGGAUGAGGGAAAAUCAAUGAGUGGUGGGCUGGACAACAGAGUCCUCAGUUGUUCAGUCAAAUCAGUUCAGAGUUGAGUGACGAGUUGUACAGUGGAAUACCCAUUGAGGAGGAUUUUGUAAUGACAAUGAUUUGCUGGAUGCGGUGAAAUGGAGCAUUUGGGUGAGGGUGAAAUAGCCCCGAGGACAACCGUAGCAUCAGCCGGUCAUUUAGUUAGUCAGAAAACUCCAGUGCUUUUCUGCACCAAUCGAGGUCUCUUCCUCCGGACAUCAAACGCUUCCCAGUAUUCAGUGGACUUUUGCGACGUUGAGCGCUGGCAGUCGUAUCACAUCGAUUGGACUAACACCUGAUGCAUCUGACGGAUCAUCUCUCAAUCGUGACACAUCCUCUGAGCCAAGAUCAGACAUUCGCAUCGUAUCUCAGAACAGUAGAUGCACUGGCGCGUCCUGAUGAUGGUGUGGCGGCGGAAGUUGUAUGUGAUGGGGUGCGUCACGGUGCUGGUGGUGGCUGCAUGGGGUUGGGCAACUUUUUCGUUGAUUGGCACCCCCACAGCCACAGAUGACGGUGUGAAAGUGCUCGAAGGAGCUCACACUGAAAGUCAAGGACUCUGGCAGCGUCUCACAAUUUUCAGACGUGAUCCAAAGCCAGCACUAGAUAGUGGGGUAAAGUUUGUAAAGCCAACAGGAAAUAUUCCGCCCAAACCGCAAUCGGACUCAAUGAUGAGUAAGCUAGACAAUCUCUUCUCCAGCAAGUAUGUGGAGAAGCUAAGGAGUUUAAAGGUGCCGGAUAGGGAAGAUAUUGCUUGGAGGAGGAAGGCAAUUGAGCAGAGAGCAGCGGCAGAUAAGCAAAUGUACUAUGACCAUGAACUGCAGCGGAUGGGAGUUCCAGUGAUUAAGGGAAUUGGGCCUGAUUCUGGAAUUACACCGCCGAAACAGCGUUUAGUCCAUUUGGAUCUCAAAGGAGCUCCUCCCAAAAUUCAGUAUCUGAAGCGUCUUAUUCCUAUUCUAAAGUCCCUGGGAGCUACUGGACUCCUUCUCGAAUACGAAGACAUGUUUCCCUACACCGGACAAAUUGCAAAUAUUGCAGCUCGCAAUGCUUAUGCCCGGAAUCGGCUGCUGGAUUUUCUGCAAACUGUCAAAUCUGCCGGAUUGACUGUGAUGCCCCUGGUGCAAACUUUUGGCCACAUGGAGUUUGUCCUCAAGCUUCGAGAGUUCCAGGAUAUGAGAGAGAAACCAGAAUCUCCACAAGCUCUCUGCCCAAGUUUCAACAAGUCCCUCCUGUUUGUCGAUGAGAUGCUCUCCCAAGUGAUCAACUUCCACAUGAAAGUUGACGAAGCUGCCAAUUUGGACGACGACGGAGGAACAACAUCCCUGAAGCCCCAUUUCAGAGCCAUCCACAUCGGUUGCGAUGAAGUGUACCGAAUGGGGGAGUGUCCAAGAUGCAAGGAUAAGUCCAAGCAUGAACUCUUCCUAUCGCAUGUUUCGGCUGUAGCGACCCGAAUAAAAUCUCGCUGGCCAGGAUUAGAUGUUGUCAUUUGGGACGACAUGAUGCGCCAAAUCCAAGUUCUUGAUCUCCAGGAUUUUAAAUUGGGCGAUUUGGUGCAGCCAAUGGUUUGGGUUUAUGCUGAGGAUGUCUAUCGAUUUGUCUCACCGCAAACUUUCGACAAAUACUCAAUGGUUUUCCCAACAGCCUGGGCUGCAUCUGCCUUCAAAGGUGCCCAUGGCGAAACCCUUAUGCUGCCACCAUCGCGUCGUCAUCUGGAGAACACCCUCAAGUGGUUAACGGUGAUCCAGAGUGAAAAUUCACGCUUCAAAGGAGGAAUCCAGGGUUUAGCACUCACUGGCUGGCAGCGAUAUGAUCACUUUGCCGUCCUCUGCGAGCUCUUGCCCGCAGCCUUGCCGAGUCUAGCCGUGAGCCUGGCCACUGCCUCAAUGGGCUACCUAGAGACAAAUGGGCACAAAAAUACCAUUCUCAGUGCCCUUUCAUGUCCUGAAAAAUCAGCCGAGAGCCUCCAUCGACGUCCUUGGCUGGACUUCCAUCAGGAUCCGGACAUGUCCUUCUUCGCGUGGUGCAUGUUUCCGGGCAGCACUCUCUUUCGGUAUUCUCAUCGACUCCUCACAGCCGUGGCUGAGAGCAAGGACUACGUGGAGAAUAUCAAGUACAAGCGUGGUUGGCUCACUGACUACAACAUCAAGCACAACUUUACGUCUCCUGUGAGAGUGGCUGAACUCGUAGAGCAUGCCACAAAGCUCAAAGGCUCUCUCAUCACCUUAGCCAAGAACGCGUCCGAUGUCAUGAUGGACAUUUACGAUAAGUUUACGAUUGAGGAGUUUAUUGAGCAACGUAUCAAUCCUGUCGUAGAUGAGCUCAACGGACUUCUAUCGGCUGCUCAGCGCUUAGGAGCUGUUAAAGUCUGGCCAAGGCGUCCUCUGCCAUACAUUCGCAUCAUCUCAGACAUCAAAUCUCUCUCGAAUAGCACCAAAAAAUCCACCCAUUGAGCACACAAAGUCAAAUACCGCAACAUUAGGACACAAAUUUGCCACAUCUCAUAAGCAAUAACAAAAAAAAUACGUGAAAAAUGUGUUUUUUCUAUAUAGAAAAAUUUGGCGAAAAAUUUUAACAAAAGAAAAAUUAACUAUAAUAUCUAACGUAUUGUGAGUGUUUUAGGUAAAAAAAAAGAAGAAAGAUAACAUUUUAAGAAUAACUAGUUGAAAUCUUUGGAGGCGUUUUCUUUGCUCGUAGAACUUUCAUCGGUUUGGAUGAAUUGUAACAAAAAAAAGUAUUGUAUAAAUGUGGUUUCAUUUGUUAGAUAUAAAACAUUUAAAAAUGGAAAAAAAUGUUGGUUGGACAAAUUGGGCAUGAAUAUCCUUAUUCCCAAAGUAUUUUAGUUGACGAAGGAUUUUUGUGAAACAAAAAAAAAGACACUGAAAGACUGAUAUUUUAAAUUGAUAUUGAGUUUAUGUGUUACAUUUAAACUUGUAUUACCAAAUAUUGUGAGAAAAUAAAGGUGAAAUUCUUCAAUCUA